UUUAUCCGACGAAAAUUUCUGUCGGCGCCCAUGGGACAGAAUCGGGAACGAUGUCGAGCACCUCCCUCCUCUCCAAGAAACGCGAUGGCGAGGAAAUCCUGAGGUGAGGGGGUGAGAGGAAGUCCGUAGGAGUCGGUGGUGGUUUCGAUGAUAGGGAUAGGGGUGGCGCGCGGACGGGAGCGCCAUCUGGCCGUUCAGUGCCCGGCCACCCUCGGUACACCCCGUGUGUGACUCGCGCUCGCGGCUUCCGGAUUAUCGCGGCUAGUUUAGCGGGCCCCGAGGAUUGGGACAGCAGUAGUGAAUCGUGCCUUAAAUACAGUGACCAGUGUAUGCCUUGAACGCGCGACGCGACAAAAAAGAAUGGACAUCCUGCUGCGAGACAUGAAUGCGCCGUGGCGAUGACAAGCCUGAUCUUGGAGAACGCCGACUUGAAUCGACUCUUUCCGAAAUGCCGGCCUAGGGGCGGUCCACCCCCGGCCCCGGGGGCCUCCACGCAGAGCAGCCAGCAGCCGCAUGACAGCCCCUGCCAGACGGAGGCCGCCGCUAUCACUACCACCGUCACCGCCGCGACCACCGCAACAACCGCUGUCACCAUCGCCUCUACGAACACGUCGACGAGCGUCUCCGCGAUAUCGGACGACAUGAUCGACCUCGAGCGUGACACCUCCGACAGGCAAGUUAAACCGAUUUACCCAAGUUCGCUGUCCCGUAGGACGGCGAGCGUGGUGCCCGGUUUCACGGUCGAGGGCCAACUGCCGCACGCCACGAAGCCGCUUUCAUCGAGCUCCUCCUCGGCGUCCGGACGCAGUGAGGACGCGCCACAAUACGGUAGCCUGCCGGGUAGUGAUCAUCAGGGACAAUCGCAGCAAGACGAUAGCGGACCCGAGGGAAGCCCUGUGUACAUUUUGACCUCGGCCAAGGGAGGCCCCAGCUAUAAGCUUCGGGAUUCGAGAAUUAUAGAAAUCGCUGGUGGCCGAGAGGUAUUCUCGCAGAGCCGAGGGAAGGUGGCAGCUAGAAAGUCGCGAUUUCUGACUGCGUCAAAUUCCAUAAAUAACGAGGAUAAUAUUCAAACUGAUAAUAAGUUGUCUGUUAAGAAGAAUAAUAAGUCUCCUAACUCGCAAACCAUAUGGGAGUUACGAAGUCGAUGUGGUGAAACCAGAAAGCAACGUGCAAAUCGAGAAGUGACAGAGACCGUGUUUGCUUCCGAGGUACAUUCGGUGCGACGUAACGCUACGAAAUCCAUUCUCGAUUACGACUCUCCUAAAAGCAACCGCAGCAAUCGCAUAAUUAAUUACGAUUCAAUCUUGAAUAGCAAUAAUGUAGAAUAUACUGUACCAAAAAGUAUUACCGAUCUGGACUAUGGAUUACCAAAGAGUUGCGUAGAUUAUCAAUCGAAUCACAACACUCCCGCGAGAAGUAUGGCUAUUGUCAGCGACGGCGAAGUUGUGGUAUUCGACGAUAUCGAUGACAAUUGGCAGGGAUUGCGACUCGAUUUGGCGUCGAGCAAUACGAAUCAAGUUACGACGACGAAUCUAGACUUGGAGACAGACGAUUCGCAAAGAGGUCGUAUUGCACCGGAACCACCGAGUUCCAGCGUUGGAAGUACUCCUAGUCCUACGACGGCAUAUCAUCGCAAUACUUCAGAAUUUUUCAAAGUUGUUACACCAGCGAGUGAUUGCGAAGCAGAUUCUCCUUCUCCAGAACGUAAUCAUAAGGUUGCGAGAGUAAUUGGUGAAUUACCAAUCGCUCAGUAUUCUGGCAGCCCGAGACGUUAUGGAGUUCGUGAAAAUACACAGCUUCCUAGCUUAUUAUCAUCACCUUCAAUGUAUAUGACACCGAGGCCUGGUUUCCCUCAAAGAGUAUUGCCAACAACACCAAAUCACAAUGAGAAGGAAGAUACUUCUGCAGAAAUCGUAGUAGACAAGACUGUGAUAGAAAAUAUUAGCACUGAAGAUCAGCCUAUACAUCCUUCAUCUCCAUCACCAAAGAUCGAAGAGGAAGAAGAUUCUUUAAAGCCAUCAACUUUGCCUGCUGAUAAUAUAAGCAGUCUUGUCUCGCCGGGAGGUAGCACCUUCGAUUAUUUAUAUGAAUUUUCAGAGACACGGAAAGUGUUAGAAGAAUUCUUCAAAUGUCCUGCGCCGACGAAAGAAAAGGAAAAUAAUAUAGAAUCCUUUCCUUUCCAAGAUCUUGAUUAUGAAUUAAGAAGGCAAGGUGGAAGUGCAUAUGUUGGUCAACGAUUAGCUAGUGGUCCACCUGCAACAGAAGAGGUUAUGGUACAUGAAUCUCCUAAAAAGCAACGGGCAGAAUUUCCGCAAAAUACAGGUGAACAUGAAAACAACUUUUUGGACCUCUCAGUAGGUACUGGCAGCAGUGAAGAUCUUGGAGAGACUGAGGUUGGCUUGCAAGUGGGACACUCGCGUAAUUUUACACUAAGCCCCGAGACAACCGACUGUGACAGUAAUUGCGGCGACUUGGACAGCGAGGUAUCCCUCAUGAUGAUGGAUAAUGAAUUGAUGCCAGCAAGUGGCCUUCUCGGAUCGGUCGGCGAUUUGGGGAAUAAUUCAGAUUCCCUGAGAAUAUACACUAGUAUGCCAGUAUUAGAAGACGGCCUGUCUAGUGGACAUGCGAGUGAUACUGACAACAAUAAUCCUACUGUGAUGCUCAUGAAACGGCAAAUAAACGAGAUAGAGAAAGAGAUCAUACAAAGAACUCGUAACGACAUGUUAGGUACGAAUGAGAAUGACUCUGGGAAAGACGUUAGUCUAAAUGUAACAAAGGAUAUUUUACACACGUUGAAGACUACAUCUCCUGAUCUAUUUGUCGCGAAGAAGGAAAAUUCGUACGACACGAACGAGCUUCAACUCGAUGGAUUGGAUCCACUGGGCACGCCGCCACCUCCGGCACCUCAAGGACGACAGAGUGUAUCCUUAGAAGUAAAUUGUGGAGAGGUGGAAGCAGCCAUCAAAGAUAUUAGAAUGGCCCUACAAAGGACUAAAGCUCUACCUGUGAAAUCACCAUCAGAAGAACCACCGGAACCGAGCGUUAGUCCGAUAUGGAUACCAAGGCGGAGAGUCUGUAUGGAAAGCAAUAGCGAAGAAUCUGAUGCGCGUCGUAUAGGUGACGAAGCUGAUGUGGAAAUUGAAGAAUGUCCAGACGAAGAGGAAGCGGAUACCGAUCUUGAAACAGAUCGAUUGCUCGGACAACAAAGAACGGACGAUCAAGGAUUUUACGACGAUAAGGGGUGGAGGAAGCCUAAGACUAGGACUAUGUUACCACCAAUGAAUGCGAAAGUCGCUACUCCAAAACAAACCCCUCCUAAAUCUUUGAGUGUCGCCCCGAUAGAAACGCUAGCGCCUUCCGAACCCAUACCCUCGACGUCUGCCUCGAUCUCCCCUCCUCUUGUAGUGUCUGUUAUACAAUCGUCGUCUUCUAACGAGUGUGAAGUAACCACUCCCGCGCAACCUACAUCGAGUCCGCAGAAGACCCCAGUCAAAAACUCCCCCUCAUCCCCUCAGAGCCUCAAGGAAUCCAACAACAAGGUGAAAAAGGAUAAGGAAGGAAAGAAAAAGAGCAGAAACAAAGAAGACUUGUUGGAUGAUCCAUCAGUGUUGAUUGAAGGUGUCCUGUUCCGCGCGAGGUACUUAGGAUCCACGCAAUUAGUAUGCGAAGGUCAACCGACGAAGUCGACCCGUAUGUGUCAAGCAGAAGAAGCCGUUUCCAGAAUAAAGGCACCGGAUGGUGAUACUCAGCCAAGCACGGAGGUAGAUCUGUUUAUCUCAACGGAGAAGAUCAUGGUUCUUAACACCGAUCUGAAGGAGAUCAUGAUGGAUCAUGCGUUACGUACGAUUUCAUACAUAGCGGAUAUCGGUGAUCUAGUAGUGCUAAUGGCACGGCGACGUUUCGUGCCGCACGAAAUGGAAGAAGUACCAAAAAUCAAUCGAACUCCAAAGAUGAUAUGUCACGUUUUUGAAAGUGAGGAGGCUCAAUUUAUAGCACAAAGUAUUGGACAAGCAUUCCAAGUAGCUUACAUGGAGUUCCUAAAAGCAAAUGGGAUAGAGGAUCAUAGCUUUGUUAAGGAAAUGGAUUACCAAGAGGUGCUCAAUUCGCAGGAGAUAUUCGGCGACGAGCUGCAGAUGUUCGCAAAGAAAGAGAUGCAGAAAGAGGUAGUGGUACCGAAAGCAAAGGGAGAGAUCCUCGGUGUUGUGAUCGUUGAGUCCGGAUGGGGCUCGAUGCUGCCAACCGUAGUCAUAGCAAAUUUGGCACCGGCCGGUGCCGCCGCACGUUGCGGUCAACUUAACAUCGGCGAUCAGAUAAUAGCGAUUAACGGCGUAUCGUUAGUUGGCUUGCCUUUGUCCACGUGUCAGACUUACAUAAAAAACUCAAAGAAUCAAACGGUCGUCAAGCUAACUGUCGUGCCGUGUGCACCUGUAGUCGAAGUGAAAAUCAAGAGACCCGAUACGAAAUAUCAAUUAGGAUUUAGUGUACAGAACGGAGUGAUAUGUAGUCUAUUGAGAGGUGGUAUCGCCGAGCGGGGCGGAGUACGAGUGGGCCAUAGGAUAAUUGAAAUCAAUAAUCAGAGUGUUGUUGCUGUACCGCACGAAAAGAUUGUUAAUCUUCUGGCUACGUCAGUGGGAGAGAUUUUGAUGAAAACAAUGCCCACAUCGAUGUUUAGGCUGUUGACCGGCCAAGAGUCUCCGGUGUACAUAUAAAAAGCGUUCAGUUGCCUGGCUGAUGCGUAGUGAACAGACAAUACAUCCACCAUCCACUACCAUACUAUCCGCUACCUUUAUUGUACAGGUUAUUCUAUGCAAAUCGCUUUGUGUUUUCGAUUCUUAUGGGACGAUUCGAUACAUUCACCAGCUCCUGCUUAGUAAACGAGACCUACAUAGGUACGUCGCAGAAACGUUACUAAAU